AUGGAGAAGUAUGAUCGUGUGGUGAAGAAGAAGGAGGAGAGGACGAUUGAUGCCAACGAGAUUCGGAUCACUAGUAUGGGCAGGGCACGAAACUACAUCACCUACGCGAUGACUCUUCUUCAAGAAAAAGGGUCCACUGAAGUUGUGUUUAAGGCAAUGGGAAGAGCUAUCAACAAGACUGUCAACAUUGUGGAGCUUAUUAAGAGGAGGAUCCCUGGUCUUCAUCAGAAUACAUCUAUUGGAUCCACCGACAUUACAGACACAUGGGAACCUAAAGAGGAAGGCCUUCUACCUAUUGAGACCACAAGACAUGUGUCCUUGAUAACCAUUACCCUAUCCACGAAAGAGCUUAAUACAUCUUCUGUUGGAUAUCAGUGCCCAAUUCCUAUUGAGAUGGUGAAGCCAUUAGGCGAUAUGGAAUAUGAAGGAGAGGGUUCACCUGGUGGCAGAGGAAGGGGAAGCGGAAGAGGAAGAGGAAGGGGAAGAGGUGGCAGAGGAAAUGCAUAUGCGAACGUUGAGUAUGAAGAUGGAGGUUGGGAACGUAACCAGUCCGAUGGUAGAGGAAGAGGGCGUGGCAGAGGACGCAACAGUCGUGGUCGAGGAAGAGGAGGAUACAAUGGUCCUCGGAAUGAGUAUGAUGCACCACAAGAUGAAGGUUAUGGUUAUGAUGCUCCUCAUGAACACCGUGGAUAUGAUGAUCAUGGUGGUUACGAUGGUCCUCGUCAGGGCCGCGGUGGUUAUGAUGGUCCUCGUCAGGGCCGCGGUGGUUAUGAUGGUCCUCGUCAGGGCCGCGGUGGUUACAAUGGUCGUCAGGGCCGUGGUGGUUAUGAUGGUCCUCAUCAGGGCAGUGGUGAUUAUGAUGGUCCUCGUCAGGGCCGCGGUGGUUACGGUGGUCGUCAGGGCCGUGGUGGUUAUGAUGGUUAUCAUCAGGGCCGCGGUGGUUACGAUGGUCCUCAGGAUAUUGGUGGUUACGAUGCUCCUCAGGGCCGUGGGCGUGGACGUGGAAGGGGAGGACGAAGAGGUCGUGGUGUUGGUGGUGGAUUCAACAACAGAUCAGAUGGACCAACAAACCAGGCAGUUGCUUGAGACAUGUGAGUGAGGUUUCUGUUACACAAACAUAAAAAGAAAAAAGCCAAGUCGUUGGAUGUUUUUUUUCUCUAUGUCCUUGCUUUCUCUAUAUGUUUGUUUAUGUCCAUCAAGACGACAUGCUUGCCAUAAGUGUAUCUCGUUUUAUCAAUCGAUUCAAAGUUUUUUUAGUUUGUGGCUGUUUCUCUUCAGAGUUGCAAUAGAGAACUACCGAGGCAAUUUUUUUAACACCUCUUCCGUUUUACUGUUUUGUAGUGGUGAGAGUGAGACUUAAGUUUGGACAAUUUUUUUUCUUUUUCUUGACCAAAAUUAACAUUCUGGUCAUUGCUUAUCACUAUUAGUGUUUUUCAAUAUCUUCUCCCAUUGCCUUGUUUGUCCGCCCGAGAGCAGAAUAUACUGUGGAUUUGGAGUAGAA